UGGGAUAUUAAGGCAGUUUGGAUGGUUGUGGUUGGUGGUUGCUGGUUGCUGGCCUCUUUUUUCCUCGUGAGCGAAGACGGAGGAGACGGCUUUCUCUGUGGGGAAUCGAGCCUUUUUGGAGGACUUUGGCCUGAGUGCCAGUAGAAGAGCCAAGGGACAAGUGAGUGAAGAUACAGACAGAGCUCAAGAUCCAUCAAAUCAGGUUUUACUCUCAAGGUUCCCGGGGAAUGGGAUCCGGAUUGCAUUAGCAGUCCUUCCAUCACGAGUUCAAGUGCGGCCAGUUCGAAAUUCGAAUCCUCUAAUCAUGGGCACCGUGCUCAGUUUCUCUCCGCGGGACAAGAAUCCGCCCUACGCAGUGGACUAUACGAUCAAUAGUUCCACGGGUGGAAUGGAGGGGAGUAAGGAGAACCUGACGGACAACAUCAUUUCCACCACCGACAAAGGUCUCAAGAAGCAUUCCAUGUUUCUCAACGCCCUCAGUUGGAAGAAGUUGUCCUCGUCCAAGCGGAAAAUGGACCACACCAUCGCCUACGCCAAGAACACAAACUCGGUCACCACCCAACAGACCCGGUUAGGCUCGACCGGGUUUCCCCUGCAGUCCUUGGACAACGUCCAUCCCGUCACCGACAACAACAAGAACAUCCAGAAUGCCCUCUGCCAUGGAACGAAGUCUACCAACCUCAACCAGAAGCACCUGGACCUGGUCUCCAAGAGUGCAACGCAAACGGCGACCGGCCUCCUUCGGACCACCACCAAUCCGUUGGACGUGAACAAGAACCAGGCCUCCCGAUUGGACAAGCUCGAGCCCCUCCUGGCGCCCAAAGCGGUUCUGGCCACCACCACCACCACCACUAUCACCAAUCAAACCAACAAACCAUUGGCCGGAGCUUCCACGCAUUCAAACACAAUCAAUGCCAACAUAGUGCCGCCCUUGGUGACCGUCGGAGGGUCUGGACCGUUGGCGACCACCACCACCACUGCGGUCUCCACCUCGGUUGAGAGCAAUAACAAGCAGACAGGCAAAAAGACUGUGAUUCAGGCGAGCACCUCGGAGCUCCUUAAGUGCUUGGGACACUAUUUGUACAAGAAGUGCAAUAAGUUAAGGGAUUUUCAGCCCGGUGACUGCAUCAUGUGGCUCCGGACCGUCGACAGAUCUCUUCUUUUACAAGGCUGGCAGGAUAUUGCUUUCAUCAACCCAGCAAAUGUGGUUUUUGUUUAUCUUUUGGUUCGCGAUACCACCGACGAAAGCAUCACCAAAGAACAGGAUCUCCAAGCCAUUGUUCUAACUUGCCUUUAUCUAAGCUACAGUUACAUGGGCAACGAGAUCAGUUAUCCAUUGAAACCAUUCCUGGUGGAGACCGACAAGGAGAAGUUCUGGGACCGUUGUGUCGCCAUUAUUAACCAACUGAGCGAGUCCAUGUUGAGAAUCAAUUCUGAGCCUGGGUUCUUCACCGAAAUCUUCACCGAGCUCAAGGAUGUGGGCGCCAACAUCGAAUAUAGAAACUAGCCUGUUUCAUUCCAGAUGCACUCGGUUUAGAGCUUGCUCUCUAGAGUACAGUAAUUACGGUCAUGUAUUGUCAAAGAAGAAAGCGGAUGAUUCAACCUCUCGCCACUUGGGAAGAAGUAUAUAAUCCCGAGUUGAGAGAUUUCCUAGCGUACAACCUUUCCCGAAAUAGAGACGAAAAAUAGUAACCCCCCUUUCCUAUCUCUCAACUCCCCUAUUGGAUGAGGAAUUGAAGAAUGGUGGAAUCCUCGCAAUUACUGAAAAUCAAACCAUUUUUAAGACACACCUCCUCAUUAUGCGGUUGUCCCACCUUUAUUUGAUGACACUUGCUGUCUCAAUCAGGUUGAAAUGGCAAAGUGACAUGAGCAAUGGAAGCUGCCAAAGCUGGGCGGAUUUCAUCCCGUUUUUUUCUUUUGUCAGAAUUCGUCCCUGGUUUUCCUGCUCAGCGUGACAGAGAGCCCUUUUUCGGGGCAUAUCUUCAGUCAAUUUAGCUCAAAGGAAUCAUAGAGUAUAAAUGAGUUGCUUAGUUCUGAUUAAGUCUAGUCCCCUGUUGAAUAUAAUGCCAAUAUCCUUUUGCCUAUUCAAGUGUUGACCACUCUUUGGGAACCUUGGUUUCAUACAAAUGAUUGUACCAUACCUUCUAUAGACUCUGUCCCCAAAAAACUUACUGAGAACCUUCAGAGUUAUAUUUUAUAGAAAAAUAAAGGAAGCAUUUCCACUA